ACCAUGAAGCCUGUUGUUGACUCAUUUGAGUUCCUCUCUAGUUGUGUUGUCACAGAAUUUAACCAAAUCAAGUGAAAACUUUUGUUCUCAUUAAUAUUUUCAAAGCAAAUUUAUCUUUCCUACCUUCAGUUCUGGCUCAAGUUGGUCACUAUUGCUUCAGCAGCAUCAGGAAUGAAGAUCAGCAACUCUAAUGAUGUGGCCAAAGAUCUGAUGCAUAAAUUGGCUAGAGUUUCCCAAGAGCUACAUUUACUAUCUGAGUUUCUCCAGUCCAAACGUAUUUAGGAAUUUAAUUAUAAACUGAGAGAGAAAUCAGGAAGUCUGGCUUCAAAACCCAUGAACAGCCAAUUUACAUCUUAGAACAAAAUAUUAGUACUCGCCAUUUCACUUCAAGAACAUUUGAAGUGUGCACUCGGCAUAAUCUUAGGUGAUACAUAAUCAGCAAAUAUAUAUCGUGAACAGUCUUUGCUACAGACUCAGGCUGGGCUGUAAGAAUGACAAAUUUGCUACCACUUAUACAGUAGGUAAAUUAUAGUUCAUCAUCACAUGUCAGGUUUUUUCAGUCACAACUUCAACAGCCAGUGUGUAUUUAAUUUUUAAUUCCCAAGUUUUCUAUUAUCUGAAGUGUUUUGCAUACACAAAUAACACAACAUAAGAGAAAGUGUUUUACAGGCAUUAGCAGUUGGUGUGUUGUAGUGAAUGCUCACCUGUCUGUCUGAUAUACACCUACCAUCCAACUUAAGACCUGCUCAACUUACGACCACUCGACUUACGACCGUGCUUUUUAUGCCAAAUUUCUGGGAAAUAAACAACUAUUUGUGUUGUACACAGUGUUUAUCCUAAACCUUACAGUAUAAAAUACAGUACUAACAACAUAAAAAGUAAAGUAAAACAUGAAAUACCAAAAUAAAGCAAUAAAAUAAAGUCAUUACAAAAAUGUUUUGUUGAUAUUCAGUAGUAAAGUUUGACUUACGACCAUUUCGACUUACGACUGGUUUCUCGGAACCGAACUCGGUCGUAAGUCGGAUGGUAGGUGUAAUUCAUAUUUAUUAUAAACAAGCAUAUCUACAUUCUUACAGAGGUUAAGUACAUAGUAUAUGAACACUGCAGUCCAUCUUACCCUGAGUGGUAGUGUGCAUGUUACAUGAGCAUUGAAGACUAUUGCCAUCGGAAAAGUGUGUAAAUUAUAUCAAGUUCGAAGUGAAUUUUCAGUAAAACCAUUAUUCAGUGUCUUCAGUGAGUGCAUACUAAAAUGUCAUCUUGAAGUGCAUAUCCCUCAUAGUAAUAAGAAAAAAAGUCUUUCUUUUGUUUCCUGUUCUUUUUACAAAUAUAUAUGCCUCAGCAGCCACAUUUCUUUUGCAUUUAUUUUUCUUAGAAAUACUGCCUGUAGCAGUUCUUGAUUCAAAGUUGUGUAAGGUAAGAAAUCAGAUUCUCAUUCGAUAUCCUAAUUCACAUAGAUUAUGUGAUGUAUAUUAGCAUUCUUAGGCUUACAGACUGGCAUGAAAAAUCUAAUCCAGAAAUUCAAAUAAGAGUUUGCAUAGUAUAGGAACCAUAUUGUUCUUGGAAGUGUCUUGAGUGUCUUUGCAGAAUAAGUCUCACUGAACCACACCAGGGUUCCCCAAAGUGAUCAGUAUCAAUGUCUAAGGGUCAUUGUGACUAUUGAAGGGAUCAGUAAAUGGCUGGGGGUCAGAAGUGGGUCAGUAUUUGCCUGGGAACAUGCUUGUGUUGUAUGUAUAUCUGUGACCUUCCACCCUCCCCCUUAUCUUUCUCAUCUCUUUUGUCCUGGGAAGGAUAUACACACGUGCACAGUUCCUGUUUAUUUCCCAUGCUGAGCAUACUCUCUCUCCUCGAACUCUGUUAGAGAGUCAGUACAUUCUCAACACCUAUAGUGAUAGAAGUGGUGCCAAAAAAGUGAUUGCUGAAUCUGGAAGAGCAUGGUGACUUAGGACUAAAACUCACUAAUCACCAAAUGUAUAUCAGUGCCUUUGUUGAUAUUCAUCAGAUGCAUCCUUCCCAUUAAUGAUAUCAAUAGUCAGUAUGAAAAUGUAUGUUAAAUCAUAUGUUUUCCAUAAUUUAAAUAUUAUCUAGUUUUUAUGAAGCCAUUAUUAUUGUUAUUUGUUGUUAUUAUUCAUAGCACUCUAUAAGCAAUAUUUAUUAAAUUUUUUUCAUAUAAUAAAUGUUUGGGGGCCAAUGAAGAAUCUGAAACUUCAUGAAUGGGUCAAUGAGCUGAAGAGUUUGGGGACCCCUGAACUACACUGCUUAUUUAGGAGGGAUGCCUUACUAAUUUUAAGUAAUUAAACCUCUGUCUUUUCUUUUUAAAGAUUUUUUUUUAUGUAUAUUACAAUUUAAGAGUAGUUAUCCUACUCAGCUAAUUUAUAUUUCUGGGAUAAAUAUAUCUUUGUAGUAUUUAUUUACUUUCAGUUGAAGACUGUGAGUGUUAAGAUAUCAAUACAUCUUACCCUGCCAGUAAUGUAAAUACAUCUUACCCUGCCAGUGAUGUAAAUACAUCUUACCCUGCCAGUGAUGUAAAUACAUCUUACCCUGCCAGUGAUGUAAAUACAUCUUACCCUGCCAGCGAUGUAAAUACAUCUUACCCUGCCAGUGAUGUAAAUACAACUUACCCUGCCAGUGAUGUAAAUACAUCUUACCCUGCCAGUGAUGUAAAUACAUCUUACCCUGCCAGUUAUGUAAAUACAAACUCUCAUUUGGGAGCUGACUGUUCUGACCAAAUUAGCUUAAAUUCUGGAGAGAAAUGUGUGUGUUUAAAAUAAUUUCCCCCCAAAUUAUAUAAGAACUUUAAGUAGUCAAAAUCUAUUAAACAAAUAUUUAUCUUAAUUCAUAAGAAUUCAUAUAUGAAAGUAGAGAUACUUCUCUAGUGUCUAAAUGCAUUUAAAAACAGUGCAUAUAGUGGUAGUAUGAUAAACACAAGAGAGAAACUAUAUCGGUAUUCUGAAUAUCUGAAGAUGUGUCCCACCAAGCAACCAACAACAAGACUGACCAGGCAAACACCAAACAAGCCUAACCCAGGGCCAGGAUGUGUGAGUAGGAAAUCUCUCAAAACUGUUACAGUUAUAUGACAGACAUAUAUCAAAAGAAUUCUUUACAAAUGUCUCAUUUAAUAAGACACAUGGAGAACCACUUAGGAGAUAAACCAUAUAAAUGUUCUGAAUGUCUAAAGAACUUUCCUAGACGAUCUAAUCUAGUAUCACAUAUGAGGGCUCAUACAGGAGAGAAACCGUAUCAAUGUUCCGAGUGUCUAAAGACCUUUUCACUCCGAUCUACUUUAGUAGUUCAUAUGAGGGGUCAUACAGGAGAGAAACCACAUCAAUGUUCUGAGUGUCUAAAGAAAUUUUCACAUCGAUCUACUUUAGUAUCACACAUGAGGGGUCAUUCAGGAGAGAAGCCAUAUCAGUGUCCUGAGUGUCUAAAGCACUUUUUUCAGCGUUCUCAUUUAGUAGCCCACAUGAAGGUUCAUACUGGGGAGAAACCAUAUCAAUGUUCUGAGUGUUUAAAAAAUUUUAAUCAGAAAUUUAAAUUAGUAAUACACAUGAGGGUUCAUACAGGAGAGAAACCAUAUCAGUGUGCCGAGUGUUUAAAAACUUUUUCAAGAAAUGCUUAUUUAGUAACACACAGGAGAGUACAUACAGGAGAGAAACCAUAUGAAUGUUCUGAGUGUCUAAAGAAAUUUUCCAGGCGAUCUAAUUUAGUAACACACAUAAGAAGUCAUGCAGGAGAUAAGCCAUAUCAGUGUUCUGAGUGUCUUAAAGGCUUUACUGAAAAAUCUCAUUUAGUAAAACAUAUGAUAGUCCAUACAAGAGAGAAACCUUUUCAGUGUUCUCAGUGUCUAAAGAACUUUUCUCAACGAUCUAAUUUAGUAACACACUUGACUGUACAUUCAGGAGAGAAGCCGUAUCAAUGCUCUGAGUGUCUAAAGAGCUUUUCACGAAACUCUUAUCUAGUAAGACACAUGAAAGGUCAUACAGGGGAAAAGCCAUAUCAAUGUUCUGAGUGUUUAAAGAGCUUUUUAGAAAACUCUCAAUUAGUAAUACACAUGAGGUGCCAUACAGGAGAGAAACCCUAUCAAUGUUCUGAGUGCCAAAAGAACUUUAUUGGAAAAUCUCAAUUAAUAAUACACAUGAGAGUCCAUACAGGACAGAAACCAUAUCAGUGUUCUGAGUGUCUAAAAAACUUUUCACACCGAUCUAAUUUAGUGACACACAUGAGGGGCCAUUCAGGAGAAAAGCCGUAUCAGUGUUCUGAGUGUCUGAAGAACUUUAAACAAAACUCUCACUUAAUAAGACACAUGAAAGGUCAUUCAGGAGAAAAGCCCUAUCAGUGUUCUGAGUGUCUGAAGAACUUUAAACAAAACUCUCACUUAAUAAGACACAUGAAGGGCCAUAUAGGGAAAAAAACAUAGUUAUCCAUUCAGCUGAUGUGCAUUGACACUAAAUAGAGAGAUCUUGACCUAAUAACUUGGAGUAUUUCAUCCCCUUCUUGCACUGAGUCUGAGUGCUAUCAUAGGUCCUCUAUUGGGCUAAAUUGUGGAGAUAUUUCUCUUGUUUAAAUUUACUCUUUUGUGAAAGGAAAAGGGUUAAGUAUUUUCUUCUGCAAAUAUAAUAUCCAUUCAAGAGAGAAAGUGACACAAAAUAUUUAUACAAAGAGAAGAUGAAGAGGCAAAACUAUAUAAAAAAAAAAAAAAAAAAAAAAAAAAAAAAGCACAGUCUGAAGAAAUAUUCUCAGAGAAUAUGUAGAACACCUCACAAUGAACAAAACUGUAAUUGCCACAAAAGACAAAUGAGAGUAGAUACAAAGGACAGUCAAACCUCAUAAAUUGUCCUGAUCCCUGAUGCCUGGUUGAACUGACAGGAUAACUUGCCAUUUAACUAACUUGAUACUGGUGAUGCAUUACUUGCCUCAAGACAGAAGUUGGUGGUAGGCCUCAGAGCUGUGUAUAACAUUUGAGAAUGUUGUAUGAUUGGAUACUCAUUGUUCAUGAAAAUUAUGUCCAGCAUAGUUUUAUUUCCAGUAGGUUUCCAUGGGUUACCAUAUAUUAAGUAGACUUAUGGCCAGGAUUUGUUGCCAUCUUAAAAGUCAUGUAUGUAGUGUCUUAAAAUCUCUACUUCAUUUUAAUGCUACUUAACAUUUAUCCUAAGUAUGACUAGUUAGGCCAGAAGAAAAUGAGGAACAUCAUUAUUUUGAACAUGCAAAGUAAUGUUUUAUAUUCUGGUACGUGUUUAGAAUUGAUUGUAUUUUAGUGUUAGACGAGGAGGAAUAAAUGGUAAAUAUUGUACCAAAGUAAAUAUAAA